GGACUUUCUAAAAUUUCCCCGCCUUUUUCUCGCUCCUAUUCAAAGGAAGAACAAAUCAUACAUAUAUGGCGAUGUCGAUCCCGCGAUUUUCCCGGGAAACAACCAACCAGGGGUUUGAGCUCUCGUUUCCUCUUCCUCGUCUCAAACCCCUCCGGCGAUCCCCCUCUCUUUCUACCACGAAACCCUAGGGGAGAAAGAAAGAGCUGGAGAAAUUGAUAAUAGCCAAAAUAGAUAAGUCUCAGAAAAUCCCUCAGAAGCCGACUCCGGCUUUGAAGAAGGCGUUUCUUCGAGCGCUUCGUAAGAGUGCUCCGUUGAAAUGCCUCUUCAAGCCGACGCCACGCACGCCGGCCGACGUCGUUCGGAUGGCGAGGUUCCUUUUGUUGUACCUUGAUUCCAAUUCCGAGUGUGGAGGUGGUGGUGGGAUUAAGCAUGUGGAAAAGAUGGUGGAAUUAAAUAAACUCAUUCGGGAGUUGAAGACAAUUCUUUAUGGAAAUAAUGAAUCCGAGCCUGCUGCCGAAGCUUGUGCACAACUAACCCAAGAGUUCUUUAGUGAGAACACUUUUCGUCUACUCAUUAUUUGUCUUCCCAAAUUGGACUUGGAGGGCCGUAAGGAUGCUACCCAAGUGGUUGCAAAUUUGCAGAGGCAACGAGUUCGAUCGCGAUUGAUUGCUUCUGAUUACUUGGAAGAUAACCUAGACCUCAUGGAUCAUUUGAUAUCCGGGUACGAGGAUCAAGGAGUUGCUUUACAUUAUGGUACAAUGUUGAGGGAGUGUAUACGUCAUCAAAGUGUGGCAAGGUAUGUUUUAAAUUCAAAAUGCAUGAAGAAGUUUUUUGAUUACAUACAACUUCUGAAUUUCGAUGUCGCUGCAGAUGCUAUAGCAACCUUUAAGGAGCUUUUGACCAGACAUAAGUCAACUGUUGCUGAAUUUCUCUCUAGAAAUUAUAAUUGGUUUUUUGCUGAAUUUAACUCAAAGCUGUUGGAAUCUACCAAUUACGUCACCAGAAGACAAGCUGUCAAGCUAUUGGGAGAUAUUUUACUCGAGCGUUCAAAUUCUUCUGUUAUGGUGCACUAUGUGAGCUCAAAGGAUAACUUGAGGAUUUCAAUGAACCUUUUGAGGGAGCCAAGCAAGAAUAUUCAAAUAGAUGCAUUUCAUGUGUUCAAGCUAUUUGCUGCUAACAAAAAUAAGCCUCCCGGCAUUGCCAACAUAUUUGUUGCCAAUAGAAGCAAGAUCCUGCGCUUCUUUAGUGACUUCAAGAUUGAUAGAGAGGAUGAACAGUUUGAGGCAGAUAAGGCUCAAGUUAUUAGAGAAAUCGCACAAGUGGAAUGCAAGGAUUGUGAUUUGGCGAAUGAGCGUCUUUUGAAAACUUAUUAACUUGUUAUAAGCCAGAAUAUUAUUGUUUGAUUGAAUUAUUUGCAAAUGUGAUUUUACACUUGAAGAGUUAUUAUUGUUAGAUGCA